GGCUAGCUGCUCCUCCCGGCAUGCCUAGCGACCGGCCCCCGAGCAGAGUAAUGGGGAUCCGGUAGGGCCCAGCGAGUGUCCGGGGCUGAGGCGCAGCCGCGGGCCCGAGCGUUGAGGGCUCACAGAGAGCCAAGAUGGAGACGUGGCGCUGUGUGAGGAGGGGCUACGGCCGCUGUGUAGCGGGACGAGGCCGGUUCUCCAUGUUUCCCUAUCCUCUGAAGAGUUUGGGUCGAGACUGGAGUGCGCCGUUGGAGGAUCUGCAGAAGUCCUGCUGGCGCAGACACAUUUCCAGCUGUCUGAGGUGGCCAGGACAUUACUCACGCGUGCCUUACCCAUACUUCAGUAGCAGGCAUUUCUCACUCAACUGUAGGCCACCUUUUCUGUUUGAGUCUGGAACUCAGUUUCAGUACUAUAAUUGGAGACCUGACCAUCUGAGCAACACAUCCUGGUUCCAUCUCUCUCGUUACGUCAUGAACUCUGACAGAGAUGAGCCCUCAUCGAAAAGGAGAAAACACCAAGGGACAAUAAAAAGGAAUUGGGAAUAUUUAUGUAGCCAUAAUAAAGAGAAUGUGAAGAACCUAGAAGACAGAAAUGUUGACUCCACGUGUGAGGACCGUGAAGAUAAGUUUGACUUCUCAGUGAUGUCUUAUAACAUCCUCUCGCAGGAUUUACUGGAGGAUAACUCACACCUCUACAGACAUUGCCGACGCCCAGUGUUACACUGGAGUUUUCGGUUUCCCAAUAUUUUGAAAGAAAUCAAACAUUUUGAUGCAGAUGUGCUUUGUCUACAGGAAGUUCAAGAAGAUCAUUAUGGGAAAGAGAUCAGGCCAAGUCUGGAAUCACUGGGUUAUCACUGUGAAUAUAAGAUGAAGACAGGAAGGAAGCCCGAUGGCUGUGCCAUCUGCUUCAAACAUUCCAAGUUCUCACUCCUGUCUGUGAACCCCGUCGAGUUCUGCCGCCGGGAUAUUCCUCUGCUGGACAGAGACAACAUUGGAUUAGUGUUACUCCUGCAGCCCAAGAUCCCACGUGCUGCCUCUCCAUCCAUCUGCAUAGCUAACACACAUCUGCUGUACAACCCACGGCGUGGUGACAUUAAGCUGACCCAGCUGGCAAUGCUGCUAGCAGAGAUCUCCAGUGUAGCCCACCGGGAAGAUGGCAGCUUCUGUCCCAUUGUCAUGUGUGGUGACUUCAAUUCUGUCCCUGGCUCUCCACUCUACAGCUUCAUAAAGGAAGGAAAAUUAAAUUAUGAAGGUCUUGCUAUUGGAAAGGUAUCUGGCCAGGAACAGUCUUCACGGGGACAAAGAAUUUUAUCUAUUCCAAUUUGGCCCCCAAACCUAGGCAUCUCCCAGAACUGUGUUUAUGAGGCACAGCAGGUUCCCAAAGUAGACAAGACAGACAGUGAUCUGACUCAGGCACAGCAGGAGAAAGCAGAGGUCCCGGAGUCAGCUGAAAAAGUGUCCUCACAUCUACAGCAUGGUUUCAGCUUGUCAUCUGUCUAUUCUCAUUAUGUUCCUGACACUGGAGUUCCAGAGGUGACCACCUGCCAUUCCCGAAGUGCCAUAACUGUCGAUUAUAUUUUCUACUCUGCAGAGAAGGAGGACACUGCUCAGGGUCCAGGAGCUAAAGUUGCUUUGGUUGGUGGCUUGAAACUUCUAGCUAGACUGUCACUUCUAACAGAACAAGACUUGUGGACUGUGAAUGGCCUUCCCAAUGAGCACAACUCCUCAGACCACCUGCCUUUGCUGGCCAAGUUCAGGCUUGAGCUCUGACUGUUGCUCACUCACAGAACUUCCUGUCUAUAUUCUCUUCAAAGGCUGUAAAAAUUUUAAGUAUUUGCAUGCUGUUCAUUUUUGUGAUAUGGGGUUCUGAAUUUCUGUUAUAUGCUUGAAACAGAUUGGAAGAGAAAAUUUUACAAGUACUUUUUUAAUGAAAUAUUUUCCUGAUAACUGAUGUCUAAAGAUAUUGUAGAUGACUUCUAAGUCCUGGUAAAGUUGGCAGCAUUUUAAAGAUGUAGUUCAUCUCCUUGGCCCUCAAGAUCAGAAGUCAGUGCUUUUUAGUAUACUCGGUGGUCCUGUCGGGACCUGCAAAGUCAGCUUGCUGCCUUUUCUGAAGACUUAAUUUCAUUGGGAGAAGUCUGUCCUUGUUCUUAGAAAUCACUGGGUUGUUCCUCCACAGGGGUCCAUGCUUCUGAAGACGCUUGGCACUGUGUUUGCUAUAGAGAAUACUUGACCCACGUCACUUCCACCCUGAGCUGCGGGAUAUGCCUACAUUUUGUAGUAGAAAUCGUUGAGAGGUGUAGGUCACUCUCCUAAGAGCAAAGCUCCUAAGGAGAUAGGGUGGUGCAUACCUACAAUCCUGUUAGCAUCUGGAAGAUGGCAGCAAGAGGAUUAGCUGUUUAAAGCCAGCUUUAGCAACAUAGCAAGUUUGAGGCUAGCCUGGGCUAUGUGAAACUCUGACUUAAGACAGAAAAAUAGGCCAAGUCCUUUAUGUAUGUCGACUUCUGUCCUGGGCAAAGGUUGCCUCAGGGAAAGCAGAUGGGCCAGAUGCAUCCACAGACAUCCCUAAUCCCAGCAUCUGGGAGACAGAAGCAGGAAGAUUGCUAUAUGUCCCAGGCUGACUAGGGCUACACACAAGGUCCUGUGUCUCAAAGACAAACAAAAGGCAGCAGACCCCAUGUCGUACCUCUGUCUCCUGUACUUCUCUGUUUAAUAAUGGUAAAGACCCUUGGGUCAGGAGCGACGUUUUGUUGAGCCAGUUCUGUAUAAAUUGAUUAGAGAAGCGGUCUUUGGCAGGAAGCAGGAGCUCCACAGCUGUGUGUCAUUUGCCUCCAACAUGCAGGAGUCAGCGUGGGGAGGUGCUGCUUAGACCCGGGGGCCUAACUGUUGGCUGUAGCGUUGAGCAUUCUGGUCCCAUGGUGCAGCAGUGUGCCAUGGCACUCAUGCUGCCCAUGCAGCCUCACAGCAGCCUGACCUGUACAAGUGUCGAAUAAUAGAAUUCUAAAUGUAAGUAGAAAUUCUCUACUUUUUAAAACAGUAGGCUCAGAUUACAGGCAUUUUUACUAUGUCACUAUUGUGCAGUAAUAAAUGUUUUCUACAGUGAGUUUUAUUAAUAAAAUGUUUUAGACAAUAAAUCUUUGCAAUUUAAAUUUUUAACUCAUGUAUUCCAUUUAUUUUCUGUGUACUAGACUACUGCCUCAGAGGUGUGCAGACUGAGAAGUGCCUGGUGAGCACUGAGCAAGCCAACCAGCUCACUCUGCUUUUCCUGGAGAGUAUUAAUAUAGCUGAGAUGGUCCACAGUUUUCAAUAGUAGUUUGUGGGGUAUUAAGGGUCCCAGUUAGACAUGGUCAUUAUCAAAUUACAAUGGUAAUUGUCUCUUUUUAAUACGGAGGGUGUGUUGAGUGAAUUUGUGUAGACAUCAUUGAAGGCAAACUAACAUUCAUAAAAACCUUUGUAAAGUUUUUAUAUCCUGAUGAAUGUGAAUUUAGGCCUAUUUCAUGUACAGCACUUUGAUACAAUUCAUAAAUUGCUGUUAGUUUAUUAUUGUUAAUCUGUGGCCACACAACACUUCUCACAAGCUUUUAAAACUCCAAUAAAAAUUAUCUAUUUACUGUUGUGGACAGAGAGGGGCCGGCAACUCCUCUAGGCCUUGUGUUUACCUGCCAAGCACAGUUUGAUCUGACUGGCUGCAGAAGUCAGACCUCUCACUGGCUAAAGUGUGAACUGUCCAUAAGCCUGGUGUGUGUGUGUGCUUGCACAUGUGUGUUCAGGAGCCGGAGGUGAGCCCUCUGGAGCCAUCCACCUUUUAUUUCUAAGACAGGUUCUCUCGCUGGCCUGGAAUAUACCAAAGUAGGGGAAGCUGGCAGACCAGCAAAGCUGAGAGAUCAUCCUGUCUGCCUUCCUCAUGUGAGACUACAUGUAGGUACCUUGCUUUUCACGUAGGUCCUGGAGAUCACACUCAGACCCCUAACUAAGCCAUCUCCCCAGCCUCGUGCUGGCCAGGCUGUAAGUGCAAAGGGAACGUGUGAUGACAUCCUAGUUUUUACUGCACCUUUUGCCAUCAAGACAAUAGACACUUGAAAUCUUGUCUUUCAGGAUUGAGCAUCUGCUAGUUUUUAAUCUUUUGGUAAAAAAAAAGUUAUAAGACAUAGAGUCCUUUGUACUUUGUACCUGUAAGCUGUAAUAAAUUAUUAUAUCUGCA